GAAGGGGCUGGAGGAGGGGCCCACAUGUCUGAGUGUGUGGAUACCGUGGAGCUCUGGGAAGCCAGGGAAGGGAGUGUGCAGGGAGCUGGGGAUUCCACAGCGGGGCAGGCGGCACUGUGUGGAGGAAGCAGAGCUGGCCUCACAGGACAGACGGGUCCUCCUGCAGCCAGCCACCCCCUGACACAUCGUGCCUGGUCACAAGGGAGGAAAGGGCACUGGUAGUGUUCGGAGGUCCUGGGUGUGGGACAAGCAAGUCAUUGCCCUGCCCAGCCCCAGCCAUAAACCUGUCUGACCAGUCCUGCAGGCCUACUGGUUGUGUGUUGGUGGGUGCCUUGCAUGAGCACCUGUGUGUCCGCCCUAGGCUUCCCUGUGGGACUGGGGAGGGGUCCCAAGGCCCUGCCAGCGUGUCCUGAUCCUAUUGGGUCGCUCAUGUAUGCCCUGCCCGUGGCCCAGAACACAGGGCCCACUGGCCGCACAUCCCAGAAUCAGCCCCUGGCCGGCCAGGAGGCCUGCAGACGCUCACCGUGAUGGUCCUUGUGAGGAACCUGGGACGCCAUACACAGUACAUGAGCGCCACCUAGGGGCCAUGAUAGGAACAUGAACAAACAGGCAUCCACGCAUAGGCAAGGUUGAGGACAAAUAGCCCUGCCACCACCGCAGGGACAGGUAUCCCAGGCUGAGCUUGCCACAACAAAGCAGGGGUUGUGCUAUGCAUCACUGGGGUCAGGCCAGCUUGGGGUUGCCGGAUGGGCACUGCCAGACAAGGCAGGGAAGAGCGAGAUGGAGCAGACACAAAAGUGAGGGAGGGGAGCCUUUUAUUUUUCUUUGAAGUUAUGGACAUUGAACCCAGGGCUUUCCACAUGGUAGUCAAGAGUUCUACCACUGAACAAUGAUAGCCAGACUUUUUUGGGGGAUCUCCCACAGUUCAGACAAACCUUGAACACACUAUGUAGCUCAGGCUGAUCUCAAACGUACAGUGAUAACUUCUGCCUCAGCCUCCCAGCUUCCCCAGCACCACCACACACCCUCAGCCUAUUUUUUGAGACAGAAUCUCCUAAAUUGCCUAAGCUGGGCUCAAAACUGAGACCUUCCUCUAGCCCCCUGAGCAACUGGGAUGACAGGCAUGGGCCACCAUGCCCAACAGAGGGGAGCUCUGGGGCACAGUAGUGAGGUCAGGCCUGGGGGUGGGGCUGGGGGAGUGGGUCAGGGAUGGCAGCAAGCACAGAGGGAGGGGUCACCUUAUCUCCUGCCUGUGAGCACAUGCUGUAAGAUCCAGUUGCACUGCUUUGUGACUGAAAGGAGAGCCCACUUCACAGCCCAGCCGCCACCUGCCUCCUGCUGCCUGGCCCAGGCAGGCAGUAAUGCGAGCCCAGGGAGGGAGCCCCGGGGUGCCCCAGGGCCCUGCCCCACUGUUCCAGCCACUUUCUCACUGGACAUAGCUGCCCAGAGGAACGGAACAGACGCAGGUAAGAGUGUUUAUGGCUUGUGCUGGCUGGGUAGGAAGGGGCAGCACCUGGCAGGAGGCUGUGGGUGGCAACAGGACCACAGCUAGCUGGGCAGGACACUGCCCAGAUCCAUGUCUUGUCACCCCCAGCUGUCCCUCCAAAGUGUACCUACCAGCCAUGGCCCACCCUCUGGGGCCAGCACCCACCCCUGCUGCAUGUUGCAGUGGUGAGGAGUGGGGCUGUGAUCCGUGCCACUGUUCCCAACCACCUCCAUGCCCAGGAUGCUGCAGCCUGAGUGGUCCUGUGCCCUGGAGGAGGUGGCAGCCCCCACAGCCCGGAGGAACGACUGCAUCAUCUGCUACUCAGCCUAUGACCUCACUGGGCACCUGCCCCGCCGCCUCUACUGUGGCCACACUUUUUGCCAGGCAUGUGUGCGGCGGCUGGACGCUCUGGCCCACGAGCAGCGCUGGAUCCCCUGCCCCCAGUGUCGCCAGAGCACACCCACACCGCGUGGAGGGGUGGCCAUGCUGGACCUGGACCUGGCUGUCUUCCUGGCUGUCAAGGCUGAGCAGGAGCCAGCAAGAGCAGAGCCCCGGGUCUCUGCACCCCUCAAGGUUGAUGCUGUGGUCAUUGAACAGCCGGCUGCCCUCUGCCCCACCCUGGGCCCCCAGCCCCACUUCCCCCAGCCCCACCGCUGCUGCUGCUGUGGCUGUGGCAGUUUCUGCUGGGGGCUCCCCAGCAGCCCAGAGGUCUGAGCUCU